AAAAUUGUCGAAGGUCCGAAAUAUAUUUUUCGAGAACUCAAAACAAUUGUCGCGCUGUUAGAUUUUGUUCAAGGGGGUUGCUUGGCUAACUUAAUAUUAAGUUAGCUGUGCCCCCAGAAAUCGUUAACGAAUGCCCCCGAAAUUGUAAUAAAUUAGGCUAAUUUCAAUAAAGGAAGAAAAAGAAAUUUGCUUUGUGAUUAGAGUCAUUGACGUUCAGAUUUUAGGUUAGUUUCAUAUGUUUAUUAAUCAAUAACAUACAUAACAUAAUAGCAAUCUGUUUUAUUAUUAUAACUAUUAGUUGUGUUUCUACAAUUCACUAUAAAAUGUCUUUGAGACCUGAUGAUCACAGGAGGAAAUGGGACAGAGAAGAAUAUGAAAAACUAGCAGAAGAAAGAAGGAAUGGGGAUAAGGAAUCUGAUGAUGAACAAAAAGUUAAAGGUCCGCCUAUCAAAAGAGAACUACUCAAAACUAGGGACUACAAAGUGGAUUUAGAUUCAAAACUUGGAAAAAGCAUUGUAAUUAACAAAAAUACUCCAACCUCUCAAACAGGAGGUUAUUAUUGUAAUGUAUGUGACUGUGUUGUUAAAGACUCGAUCAAUUUCUUGGAUCAUAUUAAUGGAAAGAAGCAUCAACGAAAUUUAGGAAUGUCUAUGAAAAUUGAAAGGAGUAGCUUAGAUUCAGUUAAAAAAAGGUUUGAAAUGAACAAAAAAAAAAUUGAAGAGAAGAAAAAAGACUAUGACAUGGCAGCAAGAAUGCAAGAGAUAGCCGAGGAAGAAGAGAAAUUAAAAGAAUAUAGGAAAGAGAAGAGGAGAGAAAAAAGAAAAGCAGAAGAAAUGUCGGAGGAUAAUCAAGUUCCUGAUGAAUUGAUUAGUAUGAUGGGAUUUUCUGGAUUUGGUUCAUCUAAAAAAAAAUAAUCUCAUAAACUAAAUUAAUACUUUGUAAAUUAACACCAUAAACUGAAAUAUUGAUCUUUGAUCAUUGUGUUGACCAGAUUCAUUUGAUAAUAAAUAUUACUUUCAAUAAUAAUAUAUCAAUAAAAAUGUAAAACCUGUAGAUCCAACAGAUAUUAUGUAGAUCUUAAAUUGAAUCCAGUUUAUGUGUAAAUAGUAAAUAUAAGGUUGGCAGUUGAAAUUCUAUUAUAAUAAAUUAAGGAGAAUCUUGCAUUUAUAUUAA